GAUUGGUUUAACGACAACGGGCAGGAAGUGUCUUCCGAGGGUUAUGGGGUCUUUCCUAAGGAAAUGAGGAAUUUAAAGCUCCAAGUAAGAUGAUUAUGUUAUUGCCAGGGAUAUUAUUUACAUAUUAACAAAGGGAAACAUGCCCUAAAGUACGAACGGGUUGAUUUCAAACAAAGAUCGAACGGCAAUCGCUAAGUGUAGAAAGAAAGACUGGUUGGUGAAUCUUGUGGAGACUGAUUUGCAAGCGCAGUGUCACUGUGUACAAAUCCUGUAAUUCAGUUUCGAACAGUUUUUUUUUUUACUAGUGGAGCGGGAAGUUAAAACUAAUUUUGAUUUUAGUAAGGUUUACAUUGCUUUCUGUGUACUUAUUUUUGAUGAAGUUGUAUUAAGAUGAUGACCAGAAGGAAGUGGCUGCUGUUUACAUUGUUGGUGGUGGGAGUUUCACAAGGAGUGACAGCUGAUUUGGAAGAGAUAAAUGAUUCUCCUGAAGGCAAGACAUCAUUCCACAGUCCAAACACUGAAGAGGAAGAGGUUCCCACUGGAGCCCGGAUGGUUGUGGAGCAGACGCAUUUUCCCAGAGAAGAAGUGUCUCAGGAUUCGGAAGGGGGUGGUGAGGGCAGCUCUGAGGAACCAAGUUUAUUAGAUGUGACUGGUACUGAAGACCUGCCCACUGAGCCUGUGGAUGCUGAAGAAAAACAGAAAGCAUUGCAGAGAGUGGUUGGGGGCACAGCUGAUGGCGAGCCCUGCUUCUUUCCCUAUUUGUUCCUGGGUAAAGAGUUCACAGUGUGUACCACAGAGGGACGAGGAGAUGGCAGGCUCUGGUGUUCAACUACCUACGACUACGACAGAGACAAGAAAUGGGGAUUCUGUGAAACUGAAGACCAGGCUAAGCAGAGACGCCAGGCUCAAGAGGCUGAGGACCUUUACCAGACAGCAAUAAAGAUCAUUAAUGGAACAAGCAAGACCAGCCAAAAGAAAGAGGGAUACAGUAUUCUGAUGAAAGCUGCAGAGAUGGGUCACACCAAGGCAAUGGAGAAAGUGGCAUAUGCAAUGCUGUUUGGAGAUUAUAUGACACAGAAUACCCAUCAGGCCAGGGAACUCUUUGAGAAGCUGCUGAUUGAGGGGUCUCCCAAAGCUCAAACGGGGCUUGGAUUCCUCCAUGCUGUUGGUCUAGGAGUUAACUCAAGUCAAGCUAAGGCAUUGGUCUAUUACACCUUUGGGGCACUUGGAGGGAACUUGAUAGCCCACAUGAUCCUGGGAUACAGGUACUGGGGUGGAAUAGGAGUCCCUCAGAGCUGUGAAUCUGCUUUGACACACUAUCGACUUGUAGCGAACCAUGUGGCAAGUGACAUCUCCCUGACAGGAGGCAGUGUGGUUCAGCGGAUCCGCCUGCUGGAUGAAGUGGAGAACCCUGGCGUGGCCAGUGGAAUGCUGGAAGAGGAUCUGAUCCAAUACUACCAGUUUCUGGCUGAAAAGGGGGAUGUGCAAGCUCAGGUUGGCCUUGGGCAGUUGCAUCUGCAUGGAGGUCGUGGUGUGGAACAAAACCAUGAGAGGGCCUUUGAGUACUUCAAUCAAGCAGCUAAUGCCGGAAAUACACAUGCUAUGGCAUUUUUGGGAAAGAUGUACUCUGAGGGUAGUGAUUCUUUACCUCAAAACAAUGAAACUGCAAUGCAGUACUUCAAGAAGGCAGCAGACUUAGGUAACCCGGUUGGACAGAGUGGACUGGGAAUGGCUUAUUUAUAUGGCAGGGGAGUUCCAGUGAAUUAUGAAAUGGCACUGAAGUAUUUUCAGAAAGCAGCCGAGCAGGGCUGGGUGGAUGGACAGCUCCAACUGGGAACCAUGUACUACAAUGGUAUAGGUGUAAAGCGGGACUACAAGCAGGCGCUGAAGUACUUUAACCUGGCUUCUCAGGCUGGGCAUAUCCUAGCCUUCUACAACCUGGCUCAGAUGCAUGCCACUGGCACGGGUGUGAUGAGGUCCUGCCAUACUGCCGUAGAGCUGUUUAAGAACGUGUGUGAGCGGGGCCACUGGUCUGAACGGAUGAUGACAGCCUACAGCCAUUACAAAGAAGGGGAAGCUGACUUGGCUGUGGUGCAGUACCUUCUGUUGGCUGAACAAGGAUAUGAAGUGGCACAGAGCAAUGUGGCCUUCAUACUGGAUCAAGCAGGAGAAGCAAAACUGUUCAGUGAAAAUGAGACGUUCCCCAGAGCCCUCCUGCACUGGAACCGAGCCGCUGCCCAGGGAUACACAGUGGCAAGAAUCAAGCUGGGAGAUUACCAUUUCUAUGGCUAUGGUACAGAUGUGGACUAUGAGACAGCAGUUAUCCAUUAUAGACUGGCUUCAGAGCAGCAACAUAACGCCCAAGCCAUGUUCAACCUGGGCUACAUGCAUGAGAAAGGGCUGGGAAUAAAGCAGGAUAUCCACCUUGCAAAGCGCUUCUAUGACAUGGCAGCUGAGGCUAGUCCGGAUGCGCAGGUCCCUGUGUUUUUAGCACUCUGCAAGCUUGGACUGGUCUACUCCCUCCAGUAUCUACAAGAAAUGAACGUAAGUGUCAGGAAUGCUCAGGAGCUUAUGUCACAGAUUGACCUGGACCAGUUACUGGGACCAGAGUGGGACCUGUACCUCAUGACAAUCAUUGCCUUACUCCUGGGGACCGUCAUUGCUUAUAGGCAGAGACAGCACCAGGGAGUUCCCAGACCUGCAGCCCCACAGCGGCCCCAAGGAGAGCAGCAAGAGCCGGAGCAAUAAGCGGAUUGCCCUCCCUCCUCACUGACCCUCCAUUAUAACGGCUUUCUGGCUAACAGACUUCCCCUAAAGCCUGUAUUGCACAGAAAUCCAGAGGCUGUCCUGGCUCUUUUUGGAGCAGCAUAAAAAGGAUCCCAACAUGACUUGAACCUUCAUUUUGCAGAAAUUGUGCACAUAGGGUUCUGAACACACCUCCCCCCUCCACUUAUGACAGAUAUCCUGCUUCUGAUUGUAUAAUGCUGUUACACAGCUGUUAAAUGUUUCUAUAAAUGUGGAGCGGGUUGGAUUGCUUCUUCAUUUGCAACAUGUUUUUUUUGUUUUUGUUUUUAAUUGGGUGGGAGGGGGUGUCUCUCCAAUACAUUAGCAGGCUCAACCUUGUAUUCAGGAACACAUACAGUUAGUGCAUCUUGUGUACAGGACUUUUCAUUUGUGUCACCCCAGUUGAUCCUUUUUGCUGACCUGUGGAAACUUUGCAUUGAAGUCUUAAGUUCGGGCUUGUUUAACAUGUCUUUGAAAUGUGAGAUAGACAUUGGAUUUGUUCAUUGUUCAACCAGGCACAUUUAUCAAUGAUAGGUCACUAGAGUAGCCAAUUGGGACUCAUAAUUUAUUAGUGUUUUUUUUUUUUUUCCAGUAAUCUAUUCCUUCUAGAGUGCUGCCUGUGUAACCUGGCUUGUGAACAUUCCCCUUAGAGGUGUUUUAAUGGAAAUGUUACCACUAUAAUCAACAUGGUUGCAAGAUUAUACUCGCAUUAGGUGAAUUUAUAAUUUUUUUUAUAAUGCAUCCACCACUAAAUUGUUCAAAGAUAAAUGAACAGUGCAAAUUCGUUUAAUACAUCAUGGUUUGCUUAACAUUAAAUCAUUUUAUCGGAAAAUAGUGUUCCAUAUUCUUUCAUCUACUGGUAACCCAUGUUUACUGAAAAGAUAAGUCUCAAAUAAUGGUUUAUAAGGAAACCUAAACUUCAAGAAGUCACGACUGUGCCAAGUAACACUAAAUGAAAGGUGUUUGCUCUCCACCCUGUUCCUCAUAAAACAAUUAAAUAAAAUCUAAAACCAAACUGUCUGAAAAUGUGUUCAGCCUUUCAGAUGUGUGACUUUACCAUCCAAUCCAUGUGUAGGAUUUGUCCUCGGCCACAUUAGCAGGUUUCUGAAACUAGCUAUCUGGUAUGUGUUGCAGACAUAUCUUGAAUGCUAUGUGUGUGAUGUUAUGACUGAUCUAUCAUUUUGAGUGAAUUUGUAAUUUAAUCCCAGGGAGCAUCUUUUGAAAACUGGUGCAAGUCAUAGUGUUGCAGUUCUAGUACCCAGCAAAAUCCUAUGCUGUUUUAUUUCUAGAUUAAAAGAUAUGCUGGUUUGAUUUUUGUUUAAUUAACUAAGUAGCAGUUUACAGUUUAACAAACUAUUAGAUGUCUUAACUAAAGAAAAGCUUGCUAUAAUUAAUGAAUGGAUACAAUCUAUCUUAAGCUAACAGGAUUGAGUUAGUUAAAAUGUAAAAAAAAAAAAAAAAAAAAAAAAAAAUACCACUUGGUAAUCUAAAAAAUCCAAUUUACUGAUAAUAAACAACCAGGAAGGAAGGUUUAAUAUAGGGUAAAGUUGUUUCUUGCUUGUUUUGCAACAUCACUUAUGUUUUUCUUUUUGAAUUGAGCCCAUUGUUUCAUACAGUAAUCAGCUCUUUGUUCUGUGUGCGUGUGUGUGUGUGGGUGGGUGGGUGUGUAGAGACAUUUUCUGAAGAAAUGUCAUCACCGCCCCUUUCCCAACCUCUCAGUGAGUUUAACUAGUAAUGGACAUAUGGGGAUGUUUGCAUAUUAUUUAUUUAUUUUUAUUUAUUUUACAGCAAUUAAAUGUAAAGCUUGAGCUUAAGACUUGAGUGUAUUUAAAAAAAAAAAAAAAAAAAAAAAUUAGUAUUAAAAUGUUCCAUGUUUUUCUCCUGUUCUAACAUGCAUUGAACAGUAUUGGUCUUGGAAGAAUUGCAUCUCCAAUUAUGUCCAUUGGGAGUACUUAACCCUUUAACAUCUUUCUUUCUUUCUUUCUUUUUUUUUAUUUUUAUUUUACCCACAACAUUUCUAUAGCAAACCCAUGACAGCCUACAAAUUCCCAAAUAGACUAAAAUCUUGAGUUUGGUUUUUAAGGGGUUUAGUUACACAAAAAGGAAAUCUAUUUUGUAAAUAUAAAAUCUGUAUGUAUAAAAUCAAUAGAACAGCUGUUGCAGUGUAACAUUGUGUACAAAUGUUGUUAAUAAGGUGUAGAGUACAGACUGGAGUUAAAUAUAUCAGAAUGGCAAUUUGAGAAAAAGCUGUAUUACCAAAAUACAGAAUUAAAUGUAAUUAAACUGUUGGUUUCUUUUUUUCCUUA